AUGGUUGUCUCUCAAUGGCUCUCCUCCGAAAGUUCCCCAUUUGCGGAUCCUACUCUAUAUCGCUCCUUGGUUGGUGCCUUGCAGUACUUGAUGAUUGCCCGUCCUGACCUCGCUCAUUCCGUCAACUCCAUAAUUCAAUUUCCUCAUGUGCCAACUGAUGAUCAUUUUCAGGCAGUCAAGUGGAUUCUUCACUAUGUCAAAGGCACACUUCAUUUUGGUUUGAGGUUCACUUCGUCUUCCUCUAUUGCCUUAGUAGCAUAUUUGGAUGCAGAUUGGGCUGGGUGCCUUGACACUAGACGCUCCACCUCUGGCUACUCGAUCUAUCUUGGCAAUAAUCUUGUAUCCUAA